AUGUCUGCAUCUAUACCUCGAGACGUCCGCGAAUUCUUGGACGAUUACCCGGAUAAUAAUGACGACCCAUCGUGUUCAGACAACCUGCUGUUCUAUUCCAACAAGUCGCGAUGUCAGCCAGAUAACCUCUACAUUGACGAUCUACACAAACAAUGGCGUGGUGAUUAUGCGAAGCUAGAGUACAAGCAUGGAUUCAUUCAAUGGCUCUUCCCUAUACCGGAGCAUGGCAUGAAUUGGGAGUCCCAACCACUGCAGCGCCAUGAGGUGGAGGCCAUGAAAGCCGACGAGACAAUUGUGGAGCGCGUCCUGCGCUCGUACAGGUUGAUGCUCGACUUCUACGGCAUGCGCCUCGAGGACAGUGAAACGGGUCUUCUCGCGAGAUCAGACAAGAACUGGAAAGACCGGUUCAGAAACCUGACUCGUUCCUCACACAACUACCUCCGCAUUUCGCGGAUACUCAAGUGUCUCUCUAUGCUUGGGCUCGAACGUCUCAAUGCAGGCUUCCUCCUCUUCGUCCUUGCAGAGCAGAGCGAGCAUGGUGAACUGAACACGGCUGGCAUCCGGAGUAGUAUGGAUCGAUGGUGGGCAAACUGCGUGAGGAAUGAAGAAGAGAGGAAGUGGAUUGGAGAGAUGAUACGGAACGUCAGGGAGCGGGAGCGUGGAGAGUUCACCAGAGAGCUGUAUACCGAGGCGUUGAGGAGACGGAAAGAGACGGGCAAACUCGCGGAGGAGGCCAGCGCAGUGGAUGCGGAAGAGUAG